UUUUAUUACACUUUCCUUUUGUAAAAUAUAUAUAGUGGUUACCGAAUUGCAGGAGCUAAGGCGCAAUGGUGUUCUCAUCGAACCCAUUGUCUUUAAGCGUGCCGGACUCAGAGUUCGAAUCAUGGCUCCGGGACUCCGGCCACCUCGAGGUACUCGACGACAGGACCACCGCUGCAGCUGCCGCAGCGACAACAGCCGGCGGUGAAACUAAUUCUCCUCCUUCACUUACAAACGGCUUCGUUGCCUCUCUCUUCUCGUAUUUGGUCACUUUCUGCUCGCUCUUCACUAUUAAUCCCUUUGCUAAGCUCACCACCGAUGAUUUCUCCGGCGAAACUGCCUCUUGGACUCUCGGCUUCUUCGGCUCGUCCAAUUCGUACUCGUUUCCAUCCUCGGCUUCACAGGCUAGAAUGCGAGUCCACGAGAAUGUCAAGCGAUUUGCGAGGAACUACGCCACUCUCUCUCUUCUCUUCUUUGCCUGCACUCUGUAUCAGAUGCCACUUUCUCUCGUUGGAUUGAUAGGAAGUUUGGUUCUUUGGGACCUUUUCAAGUUAUGGAGUGAUAAAUGGGGAUUAGAUCAGUACCCAGUGCUUCGGCAGGUCUUGAUUCGCACUGCUCAAUGUGUUACGGCGAUUAUUCUCAUAUGUGUGAACUUCCAGCUUGCUCUCUUUGCUACACUUGGUGUCAGUUACACAGUGAUGGUUCUGCAUGCUGCAUUCCGGAAGCUGACUCCUGCAAAGAAACCUUCUCGAAAGAGAUAGAAAUAGAAGAUCGAAGCAUUUGCUUUUAUGGCCAUAGGUGUUAGUAGUUUCUGUCACAACAAUACUCAGAUUAAGGACUUCCCUCAGAAUUCUUUCUUACCCUCUUGCAUAUAUGUGUACAGAAGAUGCUGUCGAAUUAGAGUUAGUUUUAAUUAAACUUUUGGCCAAUAGAUCUGAAGCGACAUGUUGAAACAUGUCUCUCCCUGGUUAAGUCAAGGCUCGAAGGUACUUGUGUUUGGCAGAGGAAAUUAGUGGCGAAUUGAGUUUGAAUAAGUCGAUGUGUAUUUACAUCGAAUUCAAUUUUAUAUAAUCUAAUAAAACUUGUGCCUGUUAAUGCCA